GGCACUUUUAUUUUGAAAUCCCAUAACACUUCCGGGACUGGAAAAGCGAAAUUCGACUUGUAGUUGAAUAGUCUCAGAUAAAGGUUUACCGUGAGUUUUGACAACACUUUUCCUUAUUAGUUUUAGACUAGACGUGACAAUGUCUCAAGAUUGGAUUGGUUAUAGCUAUGCUGCAUUGGUCUCGGCAGGAGGACUCAUGGGCUAUGUAAAAGCAGGAAGUGUAACUUCACUGGUUGCAGGACUUUUCUUUGGGUUUCUAGCCGGAGUUGGUGCCUACCUGAUGUCUCAGAAUCCUAAGGAUGUCUGGCUUUCUCUAGGUACCUCAGGAACACUGGCCAUUGUCAUGGGAAUGAGGUUUCUAAACUCCUGGAAGUUCAUGCCAGCUGGUCUGGUGGCAAUAGCAAGUAUACUGAUGCUGGGGAAGACUGCAAUGGGAAUGUUCAAGAGACCAAAUUAUUCAUAAAUGUGAAGAAUAUAGGAAUUCCACCGUUUUAUAUUCAGUGUUUGUGGUUUAUAUAUAUACAGUUAUUUGAUAUCCAAAUGUAUAUUAUUAUCAUUGCAAAGAAACAUGUACAAUUGAAACCUUUCAAGACAAGCAUAUAAUGUAUGAAAAUAUCAAAUCAAAAUAUCGAUAUUCAGCGAGGUUUGUUUAAUUUGAAGCUUACAUGUGUGGCCGGGGAAUGCUUUACUGUCUUUCUGUGAAAAUGUACAGCGUUUUAAAUAAUGUAUCAUUUUAAAACAUUUAACACGUACAUGACUAUAAAUCUAAAUCAGAGUGAAGAUGCAAAACCAGUUUUACUCCUCAUGACAGCUAGGAAAACACUAAUAAGGACUUAACCACGCUAGAUGUUCAAGAAAUGUUCAGACCAAGCUAUUUUGUACUUUUUCCUGAAUAAAAAAAUAUAUUUGAUAUACAGACAAAUGUUAUCUUCCACAAAUAAAGUAUGGAUAUCUUGAACUUA